UGACCGUGCAACACAACGCUUGAGCUUUUAGGCUGAGACAAAUCAGAUCAGAAUGUACCGCUCAUUUGGACUUCGCCAGCUGACGCGUCUGGCUCGGAAAGAUGCAUCCCUGAAAAGUCCCUGGCCGGCCAGAUGUGUUCACGGGCGUGCAGGGCCACGGCGGACUACUCUGCUCAGUGCCUGGUCGUCUGCUGCGCUUGCGAGUGGUCUGACUGGAUUGGCAUUUAGCUCAUGGCAUCUUAUACAGCCGACUGCAGCUGCGACAGACAUCGAGAACAAGUAUGCCGAUCGGGAAACAAUGUUGAAGGGUGUUCAAGCAAUUGCAAAUAUUCUUGGUCCAGACUCAGUGACGACGGACGAAGACGACCUGGACUUCCACGGAUACUCAGAGAUCUCGACCUCGCAUUGCACGGCACGGCCGGUGGCUGUUGUCACUCCGAAGACUACGGCAGAAGUCUCAACCAUAGCCCGAAUAUGCUCUGAAUACAAGAUUCCCAUGGUACCCUUUGCUGGAGGAUCGAGCGUGGAGGGAAACUUCACAGCGCCAUACUCGGGGAUUAGUGUAGACUUCUCCCAGAUGAACCAAAUUAUCGCCUUUCAUGAGGAAGAUAUGGAUGUGGUCGUCCAGCCCGGCGUCAACUGGGUGGAACUCAAUGAUACCAUCAAGGACAGUGGCCUUUUUCUCCCUCUGGAUCCCAGCCCGACUGCGCUCAUUGGAGGAAUGGUUUCCACAAACUGUAGUGGAACAAACGCAGUCAGGUACGGCACAAUGAAGGACUGGAUCAUAAACCUCACGGUUGUUCUGGCUGAUGGGUCCAUUAUCAAAACCCGGCAGCGACCGCGAAAAACCUCGGCUGGGUACAACCUCACUGGCCUGUUCGCAGGCUCAGAAGGAACGCUUGGGAUGAUUACAGAGGUGACGCUGAAGCUUGCACCUGUCCCAGAAACCCUGAGCGUCGCGGUUGCCACGUUCCCAUCUGUCCGGAGCGCAGUAACAUGCGUCUCGAAGAUAAUGCGCCAGGGCAUUCCCAUGGCCGCAGUUGAACUCAUGGACGAGGUGCAGAUGGCAGUCCUGAAUAAGAACGGAGGCGCGGGAGGAAGAAUGUGGGAAGAGAAGCCCACGAUACUCUUCAAAUUUUCCGGCCCUGCACAAUCAGUCGCAGCAGACAUUACAAGGGUUGAGAAAAUAUCAUCCGAGGGAGGCGGAAGUGCCUUUGAAUUUGCAAAGUCAGAGCAAGAAAUGCACAAUCUCUGGUCCGCGCGCAAAGAGGCCGUCUGGGCCAUGAGCUCCCAGCGUCCAGAGGGCACAAAGAUGUGGUCUACCGAUGUAGCUGUCCCGCUGUCGCGGAUGCCCGAGAUAAUCGAUCUCUCAAAGCAAGAGUCAGGGGCCUUGGGUCUAUUCUCUAGCGUGCUGGGCCAUGUCGGAGAUGGCAACUUCCACCAGACCGUCAUGUACGACCCCAGCGAUCCAGCCCAGACACAGGCAGUCCGGGAGUGUGUUCAGAAGAUGGUUCAUCGUGCGGUUGAUAUGGAGGGAACAGUUUCAGGUGAACAUGGCAUUGGGCUUGGAAAGAAAGAGUGUCUGCUGGAGGAGCUGGGGCCAGAGACUAUUUCCGUAAUGCGUACGCUGAAACAGAGCUUAGACCCGCAUUUUCUGUUAAACCCGGGCAAGAUCUUUGACCGGUAAGCUGGUGUCAUAUAGGGAGACACCGGAAGAUGCCGGCGGUCAGAUACUAGGCGAUGUCUAGGUAAAGGAGUAUUGAUCUAACUAAUUAGAAGUCUUUAACUAUUAGAACAGAUUUAUGAAGGGGUUCGAAACUAGGUCUUAUACACCCUAUUAUAGAUCGCACCUUCCAUAUUGAUUAACUAUCUUGCAAGGAAGGUGCAUCUUUCCCAAUGCAGGAACGGGGGGUGUGCCUUCAUAAAUAGGCAAUCGCUCUUUCCUCGCUGGGAGACUCAGAUAUGAAAUCCUAGUUUAGUAAAGUCAGACUCCUCUUACCUGCCCUCCACCCUGACACCGGGCGAUGGGACCAGGGAGUGCGUGUUUGGCGGGGAGCUGGAGGUGAGGGCUUGAUGAGCGGCAUCGGGUACAGGAGACUGCCUUAGGAUGGAAGACUCUCCUAAUGUAAAGUAUACUUAGCUAUGACUAUAGAAAGCAAAAUUCACGAG